AUGUCUAAGCCCAAGGCAUUUCUUAAGCAGUCGAAGUCGAAAAAGAAAGUGGGACAGGCUUUAGACACGGCCGAUGACUUUCAGGCGGCUGGGGUGGACUUUGAAGAGGCUGCAGGGAAAUGGAGGGCCGGUGAUGGUGCCAAAUCUCUGCGUUUCUUCUGCCGGGCCAUUGAGGUGUAUGACCGGGGAUUGCAAAAGUUCCCAGCCAGCCUCGACUUGGCAUAUAAUAAAGCAAGAAUCCUGUUAGAGAUCGCAACGCAUCCUCUCCUUGUGCCACAUUUGGAACGACCACUCCUGGAAGUUCUGCAUCAAGCAUUGGAGGCCCAUCGCUAUGCUCUCCAACUCGAUCAGGACAAUCCGGACUCUCUGUUCAACGCGGCUCAGGUGCUGACAGCUAUUGCCGAAGCAUAUGCCAGAGACGGCGAACAUGCUGACCAGGACGCUCUGCAGCCAUUGGAGGAAGCUUUGGAACUCCAAGACCGCUGUUUGAGCAUUCAAGAACUCAAGUUCGAAGAGUACAUUCAACAGCAGAACGAGGCAGCUCGAAUUGCAGGCGAGACGCCGGUUGAAGCAGGCCCGGCACCAAGCGACACCGGGAACGCCGAUGAGGAUGAGGAUGGGCACCAAGCUGCCAAUAACAUGGAAGAUAGAUGGUUUUCGGUCGUGGAACCUGUCACCAAGGAUACACUUGUUGACACCAUCCUUGCACAAUUGGGCACUCUUACCACGCUAUGCAGCGUGCUGGGUUCUUCAGAAUCAUCCGCUCGUAGCACCAGCCUUGCCUGGAUCGAAGAACACUCUUCUAAGCUGAUCCAAACAAGGUUGCCAAUACUCCUUGAGAACGGAGAUUCCGAGCGAUUACAAGAAGUCGCCCUUGCGCGUGCAAAUUUUGUAUCGGAACUGUUGAAAGCCGGUUAUAGCCGGAAUUCCGUUGAUCCCGAAACAUACAAGAGAGAACGAGAUGAAGCAUUCCGUGUGGCCGAGCUGGGCCUGGAAAGGAGUUUUGCUGCUCUGAUGGCCAACGCGAACAGUCUGGUCUCAUUCAAUACUGCACUUGCAGAAGGUAUACCGUCCCAUGCUACCUCACAAGCAGCAUCAAGAUGGAGCGCGCUUUCGGCCGCAAUAGCCAAUUUGGCCACAGCAUCUAAGUUGUCGGAUCCUCUUCCUGAUGAUAUUGCUGACACACACUUCAUCCGCGGGAACUGCUCGCUCCUGCAGCAUCAGCUGGGACAACCACCAGCGUCUUACACUCCAGCAGUGUCGAAUAGCAAGCAACUCCUGAAGAACGCAGAAACAUUCUACCGCAAUGCCAGCAAACUGUACCAAGACGGCGACCAGAAAGCGGUAGCUCAACUCCGCGCGUCAAUGGCUCAAGCUCUCCAGGACGACACCGAUGCCAUUGCGAACGCUGCUCCCAUCUGCCAAGCGAAGGGCGCGGAGUGGAUCAAAACUCAGCUUGAAGAUAUGGUUGACGACGGACUCAUUAGCCCCUUUCCUUCGAUGUCUCAGAUAUGUGGCGAAGUCAGAUGA